AUGAACGACAUAUACAACAGCCAUCACCACUUGGGUGAGGAAGCUCCGUACCCGACGCCUUAUCCAACGCCUUACCCGACGCCGUAUCCGCAGCAUGCUCCCGUGUCCAUCCAGAACAAUAAUUAUGACAGCUCGGCGUUUUCAGCAUCUACCUCGAUGGCGGGCUCGAGCCUCAACCCGAGUCCACUGUACUCGGACCCUCGAGACCACCAUCUGGCGAUGCUUGACUCGUACGGAGCCGAUCGGAAACCUCUGGAUAUGAGCGCAGCUCACAGAAGUCAUCCGUAUUUCUCCGCGGCACACUCGCCGAUGCAUUACAGAGGUCAUCAUCCGCCCCCAGCUCAUCCCGAAGAACCGCCGAUGAUGAUCGCCAGUCUCGCCGGUUCGAAUAAAGAUCUCAAUCAUAAACAGCACGGUCUUCUCGGUCCGCCAAAACUCACCGGAGGUCAUCUGCCGCCGUCGCCGUUACCGAGUCCGCCCGUGAACGCACUCGCACGUCGAAAGGACCAGCCCCUGACUCGGGACGUCAUGGCCCGCUACCUCAUAGAACGCAAUUCCAAUGAUAUGGUACUAGUGAUCCUGCACGCGAAAGUCGCUCAGAAGUCGUACGGCAACGAGAAACGCUUCUUCUGUCCACCCCCGUGCAUAUACCUGUUCGGCGACGGCUGGCAACGGAAACAGGACCAGAUCAUGCGAGAAUACGGCGACAACACGGAAGCCGGCCACCAGGCGAGUCAGCUGUGCGCGUUUAUCGGUAUCGGAAACUCUGACCAGGACAUGCAGCCUCUAGACUUCAACGGGAAGAAAUACUGCGCGGCGAAAACCCUGUUCAUUUCGGACUCCGACAAACGGAAGCACUUCAUGCUAUCGGUGAAGAUGUUCUACGGCAACGGCGAAGAUCUCGGAGUAUUCCACUCGAAACGAAUCAAAGUCAUUUCGAAGCCGUCGAAGAAGAAACAGUCGCUGAAAAACGCUGAUCUCUGCAUUGCUUCGGGUACCAAGGUGGCGCUGUUCAAUAGGCUGCGCUCGCAGACCGUGUCCACCCGGUAUUUGCAUGUGGAAAAUGACAAUUUCCAUGCGUCGUCGACCCAAUGGGGGGCGUUCGAGAUCCAUCUGUUGGACGAUGAAGAAUCGGAGAGCGAAGAAUUCAACGUCCGCGAUGGUUACAUCCAUUAUGGGUCCACCGUGAAGCUUGUGUGCUCCGUGACCGGGAUGGCGAUGCCUCGGCUCGUUAUCCGCAAAGUAGACAAGCAGACCGCACUCCUAGAUGCCGACGAUCCCGUCUCACAACUGCACAAAUGCGCGUUCUACAUGAAGGACUCAGAAAGGAUGUACCUGUGCCUUUCCCAGGAGAAGAUCAUCCCGUUCCAGGCGACACAGUGCCCCAAAGAACCGAACAAAGAGAUGAUCAACGACGGAGCAGCAUGGACGAUCAUUUCCACUGAUAAAGCUGAGUAUACGUUUUUCGAAGGGAUGGGUCCCGUGCGCGCGCCCGUCACCCCGGUGCCUGUGGUGAAUUCGUUGCAUUUGAACGGAGGAGGAGAAAUAGCAAUGCUGGAGCUCGUCGGAGAAAACCUCACCCCCGAUCUCAAGGUUUGGUUCGGCAACGUCGAAGCUCCCGAAACGAUGUUCCGAUGCGAAGAAAGUAUGCUUUGCGUGGUACCUGACAUUUCGGCAUUCAAGGAAGGUUGGCAAUGGGUGCGUCAACCAACCCAGGUUCCCGUUAGCCUUGUCCGAUCUGACGGGGUCAUCUAUGCAACGAGCCUCACAUUUGUAUAUACGCCGGAAGUAGGCCCCCGACAGCCCUAUCCAUGCGUAGGAGAUAUCUUAAGGCCACAAAGCCAACUGCAGAGCGUCUCACCAGGUUGUGGUCAGCAGCAGCAGGCUUCGCAACUGCAGGACGAUGUCAACUCGCAGCAGUCGCAAAGUUCUACGAAUCAUUACAUGCAUUUGCAAUAGACCAAGCGCUGCUCAAUCUAUCGGUCCGCUGACUGGAGACCGGUCGUGCGAUCGGAGAACAGUCGAUAUCGACGCGAUGGUUUGACUUACUUUAAAAAAUUAGACACAUCUGAAUCAUUUUUGUGAAAUCCAUUCA